GCUGCUAUCUACUGUUUAUUUAUGAAGAAAUCAGUUAUAUUGAUUUAUCGACCGAAAGAUCCUAUGAUAAAGAUGUGUUUGCACUGCGUAACUCGACUUUAAAGAAAAGUAGACGUACAAUGAUUUUUUGCGCUUACCCACACUAUCUCGUUUUUCGACAUUUUCGUUCGGAAUAGCCGCACGAUCUUUCGCCUCUUGAUCACUAAAAUCUGAAUCUUCGGUUUGCGGUUCCUCUCGGCAGCUAAAACACCACGAUUUCUUCUUCUUCGAGCUACGCGAUCUCAUGAUGCGAGAAUCCUGCGCAGAUGUUUUCCACGAUGAGAUUGUUCACUACCGAUUCACACGAGCUAAGGAUCUCGUUGCUAUAAAGUAGCGAUUUAUAUCGGAAAAGUAGGUAAAAUUUCAGUGGGACCGCUCCAAUCGAUACGUGUUGAUUUUCUUUCUGAUAGCAAGUGUUCCAGCGUUUCUAAUGGAUAGAGUGCUGCUUAGUUCAACCUUGAACCAGUACGAUCGAGAUAGUUUAUUAGAAAAACAUGAUACUUAUACUCGUAAACAGUUCCGGAAAUUGUAAAGUGAAAAACAUUAAGAAAGAGGAAGUAGAACGCACAUUCUGGACAAUGGACUUUUAUAUAGAAAAGGGAAACAUACCAGGCGUAAAAUGAUAAUAUUAAAAUAUUCAAGUUAUUAUUGUAGAAAAAUUCAAAGUAUUCGGCAUUAAUUGAAAAUAUUUAAUGAUCACUACGACAAGAUAAAGAAUAGAAUUAUGUCUUACUGUAAUAGCAAGUGGCGAACUGGAUGAUCAUGCACGUCGCAAAUAUAAAUUUUAUUAAAUUGAAUUAUAUAUUGUAUUUUAUGUAACAAAGAAUUUAUUCCCGUAAUCUUCUGUGACAUUUGUAUUAAUCUCUACUGAUAAGAUGAGUGCAGAAAGAUAAAACUACUGCCAUGUGAUCAAUUAUUUACGAACACCGAACGACAGAUGACAACGAAGGGAAUAAAAUCGAGAAGCAACAAAUACUGUUCACGUUGCCGCGAUAUGAAAAACUUUGUUGUAUUGAUCAGCACCGGGACUAUAGUGUCAAAGCAGAAAGUUCACUAUUUUACCGACCCAAAAGAUUAUGACAAAAUAGUGAAGACUGUUAGUGAGAAAGUGGAUUCUGAUGGACUAAAUGUUUUGUUCAACAAUGCUGGAUUCAGCCCAAAAUUCACAAGACUCAAUCUUAUGAAAGAAGAUCAUAUCACAAAAACAUUUUUCAUAAAUAUAGUGGUGCCACUUAUGCUAACAAAAGCGGUUUUACCACUACUAAAAGUAGCAGCCAACAAAUGCGAUGACAAGACACAUAUGAGUGUCAACAGGUCUGCUGUGAUUAAUAUGAGCUCUCUCCUUGGAAGCAUUGCAGAUAACACAAUAGGUGGAUUUUAUCCUUACAGAUGUAGUAAGGCAGCUCUCAAUGCAGCAACAAAGUCAAUGAGUAUUGAUUUCAAGGAUGAUGGUAUUCUAGUAAUUUCCUUGCAUCCAGGAUGGGUGCGUACAAAUUUAGGUGGGUCCAAUGCACCAAUAGAUGUUGAUACCAGUGUAAAUGAUAUCUUGAACACAUUAGGCACAUUAACUGAAGAACAUACAGGCUGUUUCAUUCAACACGAUGGAAAAAUGAUACCUUGGUAGUUAUUGAAAGUGUCUAAUUGUUAAAACUUAAAAAUAUUAUAAAAGCUAUGGACGAUAUUUUCAUGUAGAGUUACUCUUUAUUUUACAUUUUUUUUUUAUAAACAUUCUCCUCUAAGAAAUCUGUACAACUUAAUAUAAUUUUAAUCUCUUUGUAUACAUUAAAUGCAAAUAUUUUGUACUGUAUUAAAUAUAUGUACUGUGUUAAACAAAAAUUUUGACAAAAAUGAAUAUCAUAGUAAGGAUAAUAAAUUCUACUUCGCAAUUAAAUACUCUGUACACAGCCUAUAAUAAAUGGAAAAUGUUAAAUUAAAUAAAAAUUCAUAUAGAGCUAUAAUAUAGAAGCUAUAAUAUCUACUUUAUGUAAUAUUUUUAUUUCAAAACACACACAGAUGUCUCAGCAUUAUAAAUGUUAAGUAUAAUUAUUUUCAAAAGAAAUAAAGACAAUUAUGACUUCA